AGUAUCUUGUGCAAUAUUAUUGGAGAAUCCUAGUAUACCAAUAUGAACCUUCCACUUUUUUCAUUCAAUCAUUCUCCUAGGAAGAACAAUUCUAUGAAAAUGAAAGAGAGUGCUUAUUUGAUCAAACACCAAUUUCACUGUAUAUUCAAAUUUCUAUUUUCAUUAAUUAAUAUUCUGUUGUACCUAAUUAUGCAGAAAUAGUCAGUGAUUGCAAGUAGUUUCAUGCAUUGGACUUCAUUUCCUUUUGGCAACAUGGGUGAAGGUAGUUGUGGUGAGAAACCCUGAUCAAGAGAGCAACUGAAUUUUUUCAGGAUGAGCAGCUUGAUGCUGUUGCCAGAUCAAGCAAGAGCAAUAUCACUAAAUAUAGUGCCUGUUCCUGGAAGUGAAAAAUCUUCUGUUUCCCAGCAUUUCAUCUCACCUCAGAUUCAUUAUAUGCAAGUAUUUUCCAACAGUGUUAAUGAGCUUUAUACUGAUGCUCCAUUUUCUGACCCAAGGCAACUUUGUACCAUUCCUGCUGAAAACAUACUGGGCGAUUUUGUUUUGCCAAUUUCUAGAGUGGAUGCUGCUAAAUCAUAUUAUGGUUCUCAAAUAAGAAAUCUGUUUCAACAUUUCAAACUCAUCGAGACUCCUCUUCUGGAUCAAUCAAAUAACUCAUCGAUUGACAAUGUCAGCACUACAGUAGUAAACACUCCUUACAUUAAAAGGGAAUCCACAAGCUACAUUGGCAAAGCUUUGUCUCUUGUUCAGAAUGGUGAGGUCGGCACAAGUGCCACAGUUCCCAGGAGUCAUGCUUUAACGAAAGAGAACUCUGAUGAAAGGAAAGAACAUGCCAUUGAGAUUCAUUCAAGAGAGAUGGUUCACUCAAGAGAAGACAAAGCUAGAGCUGCUACAAAGAACAGGCUCCGCAGAGCUAGGAUUUCUGAAGGAAUUAAAGCAUUGCAAAAUAGUAUACCAUUCUCUGGCCAGGGUAAAAAAGAAUCUGUUCUGGAUGAUGUCAUCGAUUAUAUAAAGUUUUUGAAACUUCAGCUCAAGGUAGUAAGCCAGAGCCGGUUAAAUGGUGAAGCUGCGAUAUACCCCUUUGUUUAUGUAGAGGGUUAUGGGCACUACUUGCUCCAUCAGCAGUGUUGUGGUGAUCCUCUUGAAGAAGCGAUGGGGCAACUGAUGGAGUCGAACAUGCAGUCCGCACUGGAUCUGCUGGGAAGUAAAGGUUUGAUCAUAUUACCCAUUGGUCCUUGCAUGCUCCCUUCUUCACACUGAUUUAGUAGCUACUAAUGUUACGAGUUAACUACGCUGGCUGGCGGUGCUAAAAUGGCAUUCAGGGCAGUUUUGUUGGUUUUAAGCUCAAGGCACUGACUUGCCAUAGGCACCCUUUCUGAGGACGAUAUGCUUUAGAAUGUUAGUAGCAUUACUGGUGCUGUUAUAUAGGAGAUACGGAAAGUCAGAGCUACUUCAGAAUGUAUACAUGCUAAUUUCAUCUACUGAUAUGAACUUGUUACAUAAGUCUUAAUGCCUUUUGAGAUUUAUAUUUCAUUAGCAAGCUAGAAAUGCUAA